AUGCAUCAUACUCCAAUCUUGACAGCGCCACAAGUAGAACAUGUUCCAGCCAUAGAUUCUUCUACACAUGAGGUAAACUCUUCAUCCUUUUCUCGAGCUCAUUUCUCCAAUAUAUCAACUACUAAUGGAACCACUGCAGAUACACAUUCUCCUAUAAUAGUUCCCACUGUACCUCCAUCGAUUCUCAAUACUCACUCUAUGCAAACAAGAUCAAAUGCUUUACUUGACUGGGGUUUCAAGUGUUCAGCUUCAAAUACCUCUCUUUUCUAUACUACACUUGCUCGUUCUCCUCUUCUUCUGCUAGUCUAUGUAGACGAUAUUCUAAUAACCGGUGCAAACACAACCACAAUUUCCCAGCUCAUUGCUCAUCUCAAAUCCAAGUUUGCUCUCAAGUCUCUUGGUUCCAUCAACUUCUUCUUAGGAUCUGAAGUUGUUCGCACUCACACAGGUUUACAUCUUACUCAAACUAAGUAUGCUACUAAGCUACUUCAUAAGGCUAAUCUGCAAAAUUCUAGACCAGUUCCCACUCCAAUGAUUCUUGCCAACAAACUAAGCCUUGGAGACAGUUCCCUCUAUGAAAAACCUGAGAUUCAUAGAAGCAUCAUUGGAGCUCUACAAUAUCUCACAUUGACUAGACCCGACAUUUCCUACUCAGUUAAUAAACUGAGUCAAUUCAUCAAAGCUCCUACGGUCAAUCAUUGGAAUGCCUGCAAACGAAUACUUCGAUAUGUCAAUGGCACACUCAAUCUUGGUCUUCAUUUCAAACCAGCCUAUUUUGAUGCGGAUUGGGCAUCUAGUUUGGAUGAUAGGAAAUCUACAAGUGGCUUUUGUCUAUUUCUGGGAGGAAAUCUCAUCAGCUGGGGUUCAUGCAAACAAAAGGCAGUUGCUCACUCAAGUACUGAAUCAGAAUAUCAUGCACUUGCUUCAGCUGCCACUGAACUUGUUUGGCUCACCUCAUUACUAAACGAAAUUGGUAUUCCAAUUUCCAUGUUGCCUAUUUUAUGGUGUGACAAUCAAGAUGCAUAA